AUGUCAAAGAGAUUGGAUGGAUUACAACUUGUAGCAGUGAGCACAACUAACCAACCAUCAGUGGUUUGGGGACUGCAGGAGGAAAAUUAUGAAGAGCAGCAGCAAGAGCAAGUGCAGUACAUGCACAAUCAAGAAACUAACAAGAGGCCAGUUAAAAAUGAUGAGGCUAGCAGCAAGGAAGAAGUGACACUCAAAGACAAGCAAGACCAAGAGAAGCUCAAGGAGAAAGAGGAACAGCCACAAGCUUCAAAGAAGGGAAAGGAAAUCAUAGAGGAGGAAUUACAAGAUCAGAGGAAGAUAGUGAAGACUCACACAUCUCCUCUGCCAUAUCCUCAAAGAUUUCAGAAGGAGAUCAAGUAUCAACAGUUUUCCAAAUUCCUAGAAGAUUUUAAGAAGCUGGAGAUCAACAUUCCACUUGUUGAAGCUCUAGAACAAAUGCCUCUAUAUGCAAAAUUUCUCAAAGAGCUCAUCAAUAAGAAAAGGAGCUGGAAUGAGAAGGAGACAGUGAUCUUAACCCAGGAAUGUAGUACAGUGAUUCAAGAAGGCCUCCCACCAAAACUCAAAGACCCUAGGAGCUUCUACUUGCCUUGUACCAUUGGUAACACAGUCAUUGACAAGGCACUGUGUGAUUUGCGCUCCAGUAUCAACCUCAUGCCUCUGUCUAUGAUGAGAAGGCUAUCUAUAGAAGAAGUGAAGCCUACACAGAUGUCAUUGGAGCUAGUGGAUAGAUCUCUGGUAAUUCCCAAGGGGGUGAUUGAAAAUCUCUUGGUCAGAGUAGGGAACUUCAUAUUCCCAACAAACUUUGUAAUCCUGGACUUAGGUGAAGAGGGGAAUGACUCUAUUGUAUUGGGAAGACCUUUCUUGGCUACAGCAAGGGCCAUCAUUGAUGUUGAAUAA